AGGUGUGCAGUUGCUCGUCGGGGCAGCCGGCUGCGGCGGCUCCAGGGCCCAGCAUGCGCGGGCGGCCUCGCGGCCACCAUGUACGUGGGCUAUGUGCUGGACAAGGAUUCCCCCGUGUACCCCGGCCCCGCCAGGCCCGCUAGUCUCAGCCUGGGCCCGCAAGCCUACGGCCCUCCGCCCCCGCCCCCUGGACCCCCGCAGUACCCUGAUUUCACCGGCUACUCUCACGUGGAGCCUAGCCCCGUGCCCCCUGCAGCCUGGAGUGCUCCCUUCUCUGCGCCCAAGGACGAAUGGGCUGCCGCCUACGGCCCGGGCCCCACGGCUCCCACAGCCAGCCCGGCCCCGCUGGCAUUCGGGCACCCUCCGGACUUUGGCGCGGUGCCCACGCCCCCGGGGCCUGGCCCGGGUCUCCUUCCGCAACCCCUCGGCGGCCCAGGCACACCUUCCUCACCCGGAGCGCAAAGGCGGACACCCUACGAGUGGAUGCGGCGCAGUGUGGCGGCUGGAGGCGGCGGUGGCAGCGGUAAGACCCGGACCAAGGAUAAAUACCGCGUGGUCUAUACCGACCACCAGCGCCUGGAGCUGGAGAAGGAGUUCCACUACAGCCGUUACAUCACUAUCCGGCGGAAAUCAGAGCUGGCCGCCAACCUGGGGCUCACGGAACGGCAGGUGAAGAUCUGGUUCCAAAACCGGCGGGCCAAGGAGCGCAAAGUGAACAAGAAGAAGCAGCAGCAGCAGCCUCCACAGCCACCCCCGGCAGCCCAUGACAUCACCCCCACCCCAGCAGGGCCACCCCUGGGGGGCCUGUGCCCCAGCUCUGCCAGCCUCCUGGGUGCCUCCUCCCCAGUGCCUGUCAAGGAGGAAUAUCUGCCAUAGCCCCCGGACCAGCCUUGUGGGCUGGAGCCCUUGAGGACUCAGGUGCUGGGCAUGUGGCUCCUGUCGGGGCCCAGGAGUCUGAGUCCCAAGCCACACCACUGACCUUCUGAGUAACCCUGGACAAAUCACCCACCGACUCCCUGCAUCCCCUGGGCCCAUCGUGCAGUGAACCUUUUCCCACUUUGGUGUUCUAGGCCUCAGGGGGAUAAGGGUGCCUGGGGUGGGAAGUCUUAAUCCCCAGGGGGCAAGGUGAGGAGGGGCUCGUUCCUCCUCCAUAGGCUCAAAGGUGGGAGGCCGUUGUAGGGACCAGACUCCUGGAGAAAGGAGAUGGAAUCCAGAGAAGAUGGUUUGCAGACCAUGACCUGAGGGGUCCAAGGGAAGGGUGUCAGCUGCCACCUGCCUUUUCCUGCAGGCUCAGGUCUACUUGCCUCCCUCAUCACAUGCCUCGAACCCUCUCCUUGUGGGAUGCAAAGCACAAAGCCCGCAGGAUUGAGCCUGGGCAAGAGAUGACCAUCCUCUCUGAGCUACACAGCAUAUCCCCUCACACCCAUUCUCAGUUGGGUUUCCAGAUUGUGGGGAGGCCCCUGCAGGGGACAUAGGGGCAGAGUCUACCCUACCAAAUUUCUACCAACCCACCAGGCUGUCCCUUGGGGACCAGGCCUCAGAGAGCCCCCAGAGGACUUUCUCUGAACCAAACAGACCUCACAACUGAGCAAGUGUAUUGCACAGAGAAUGGAAUCUCUUGGAUGCAGCUUCAAGAAUAAACUUUUUUUUCUCUUUUUAAAAA